AUGAUAAAUGAAACUGCUCCAACAGAAUUCCUCAUCUUGGGCUUCUCUGGUCUUCAGGAAUUGCAACUGCUACUCUUCUUUAUCUUUCUGGUUCAAUACAUUUGUAUUCUGUUAGGGAACAUCUCCAUCCUAACUGUUGCUUGCCUGGACCCACAGCUUCAUACUCCCAUGUACUACUUCCUAGGAAAUCUCUCUUUUCUGGAUAUCUGUUAUACCACUGCCAAUGUCCCUCAAAUACUAGUGCAUCUCAUGGCACAAAAGAAGAGUAUCACAUAUGUUGCAUGUGUAACUCAACUCUAUUUUUUUGUCUCCUUUGUGGGCACCGAAUGUAUCCUUCUGGCUGCAAUGGCCUAUGAUCGCUUUGCAGCUAUCUGCCACCCUUUAAAAUAUACUUUCAUUAUGAAGAAAACCUUUUGUGUGCAGUUAGCUGGUGUCUGUUGGGCAGGUGGAUUUUUCAAUUCAGCUCUUCACACUUACUUUACAUUCCAUCUGCCAUUCUGUGGGGCUAAUCAGAUCAAUUAUUUCUUUUGUGACAUUCCUCCCCUUCUAAAGCUUUCAUGUGGAGACACCUCAGUAAAUGAGAUCACUUUGUUUGUUGCUGGGAUAUUGAUAGGAUGGACUCCAUUUGUCUGCAUUGUCCUCUCUUACAUCUACAUCAUCUCCACAAUCAUGAAGAUACAGUCCAAUGAAGGGAGGAUCAAAGCUUUCUCCACCUGCACCUCACACCUGACUAUUGUCAUCUUGUAUUAUGGAAGCACCAUUUUCACCUAUGUCCGGCCAAUAUCAACAUACUCACUGGAGAAAGACCGACUCAUUUCUGUCCUUUAUAGCAUUGUCACUCCCAUGCUAAACCCUUUGAUCUAUACAUUAAGAAACAAAGACAUUAAGAAUGCCCUGAAAAAAAUAUUUCUGAGGGCACUGUAUUUGAGAUGA